UUCAUAAACCAUCUUGCAAGCUAAGUAUUGAUCCUGAGGGUAUUCUAUGUUAUUCCACUGCCUCACACAUUCACUCUGUCUUCUCUCUCUCUGAUUUGUUCCACAGCUGAAGAAUAAGUUCAUGAAAAAGUUGCCCCGCGAUGCCGAGGCAUCAAACGUGCUGGUCGGAGAGGUGGACUUCCUGGAAACCCCGUUUGUUGCUUUUGUCCGUCUGCAGCAGGCCGUUAUGCUGGGAGCGCUUACUGAAGUCCCCGUGCCCACGAGAUUUAUGUUUGUACUGUUGGGACCUAAAGGAAAGUCCAAGUCUUACCGAGAGAUCGGAAGAGCAAUCGCUACCCUGAUGUCCGAUGAGGUGUUUCACGACAUCGCCUACAAAGCGAAAGGCAGGAAGGACCUGCUGGCUGGAAUCGAUGAGUUCCUGGACGAAGUGAUCGUCCUUCCUCCUGGCGAGUGGGACCCCGACAUCAGAAUCGAGCCGCCCAAGUCCCUUCCCUCCUCAGACAAAAGAAAGAACAUGUACGCCGGAGGAGAGGCUCCUCAGAUGAACGGGGACACCCCCCACGAUACGGGACACGGAGGCGGAGGAGGAGGAGGAGGGCACCAAGUGGGAGAGGAGCUGCAGUGCACAAAAAAGUUUUGCGGCGGUCUUAUCCUGGACGUGAAGCGAAAGCUGCCGUUUUUCGCCAGCGACUUUUACGACGCCCUCCACAUUCAGUCUCUGUCUGCCAUCCUGUUCAUCUAUCUGGGCACGGUCACCAACGCAAUCACGUUCGGAGGCUUGCUCGGAGACGCUACAGACAACAUGCAGGGAGUGUUGGAAAGUUUCCUCGGUACGGCGCUGUCAGGAGCAGUGUUCUGCCUGCUAGCAGGUCAGCCCCUGACUAUCCUCAGUAGUACAGGCCCGGUGCUUGUGUUCGAAAGACUUCUCUUCAAUUUCAGCAAAGACAAUGGUUUCGACUACCUCGAGUUUCGGCUGUGGAUCGGCCUGUGGUCUGGUUUGUUCUGCUUGGUGCUGGUUGCCACCGAUGCAAGCUUCCUGGUGCAGUACUUCACACGCUUCACAGAGGAAGGCUUCUCUGCGCUUAUCAGCUUCAUCUUCAUCUAUGACGCAUUCAAGAAGAUGAUAAAGCUGGCCCACCACAACCCCAUCAACUCGGAGUUUGAUCACAACCUCAUCACUCAGUACGACUGCCGCUGCGUAGCGGGUAAUUCAUCAACACUCCUUGAUACUUCUGCCUGGACAAACCGUACCGAUCUGCAGGAGAACGCCACCUGGGCGUCCCUGACCCAGCAUCAGUGUAAGGAGUUCGGAGGGCUGCUGGUCGGAAAGGCCUGUGACUAUGUACCUGACAUUACCCUGAUGUCCUUCAUCCUGUUCCUUGGGACCUACACCUGCUCCAUGGCUCUGAAGAAGUUCAAGACGAGUAGAUUCUUCCCCACAACAGUGAGGAAGCUCAUCAGUGACUUUGCCAUCAUCUUGACCAUUCUUCUCUUCUGUGGCAUUGACGCCUUGGUCGGUGUGGACACUCCGAAGCUCAUAGUGCCUAGUGAAUUUAAGCCCACAAGUCCAGCACGGGGCUGGUUUAUUCCUCCUUUUGGAGGAAACCCCUGGUGGGUGUACCUGGCAGCUGCACUUCCUGCCCUCUUGGUCACGAUUCUGAUCUUCAUGGAUCAGCAGAUCACUGCAGUGAUUGUGAACAGGAAAGAACACAAGCUAAAGAAAGGGGCCGGUUAUCACCUGGACCUGUUCUGGGUGGCCAUCCUGAUGAUUCUCUGCUCCUUCAUGGGGUUGCCAUGGUAUGUAGCUGCUACCGUCAUCUCCAUCGCCCACAUCGACUCUCUGAAAAUGGAGACCCAGACCUCCGCCCCUGGAGAGCAGCCCAAGUUCCUGGGCGUCAGGGAACAAAGAGUCACUGGCAUCUUUGUGUUCCUCCUGACAGGACUCUCCGUCUUCAUGGCUCCUAUCCUGAAGUUCAUCCCGAUGCCUGUUCUCUAUGGUGUGUUCCUCUAUAUGGGCGUGGCGUCUCUCAAUGGUGUCCAGUUCAUGGACCGUCUGCAGCUGCUCCUCAUGCCAGCCAAGCACCAGCCGGACCUCAUCUACCUGCGCCACGUCCCCCAGAGACGCAUCCACCUCUUCACCUUCAUCCAGGUCCUGUGCUUGGCUCUGCUCUGGAUCCUCAAGUCCACCGUGGCCGCCAUCAUUUUCCCCGUCAUGAUUUUGGCGUUGGUUGCCGUACGAAAGGCCAUGGACUACGUGUUCUCCCAGCACGACCUCAGCUACCUGGACGACGUGAUCCCGGAGAAGGACAAGAAAAAGAAGGAGGACGAGAAGAAGAAGAAAAACAAGAAGAAGGGAAGCAUCGACAGUGAAAUUGACUACGAGAUUCACCGCAAACUUUCCUUAACCCCCAUUCACCGUGCUGAACACUACUUUGGCUCCCCCACCUUUUUCGGCUGCGGUUCACACGGCUCACCUCGGAUUCGGAUCGACCGGGAGGAUAACGGCUUCCUCGGCAGGAAGAGCUCUGAAACUGAACUGUGAAAGAAAUCUGUACACAAACAGCACAACACUGCAAACGUCCUCUUAUUUUAUUUGACCUUUUAUUUUAUUACCACAGUGCCGAUCCGUAGCGGUUAUUUCUACGACAAUUCACACGAGGAUUUCAAUCCAAAUAGCUGGAAGUAUUUCAUCUUAACACUUUUGGUGGUACUGAGUUUUCAGCGUCGUCUGCUGAAAAACAAGCAGAACAUCACCUGACUUCACUUUUGAAAGUAUGUGUUAUUAAUUAAUUUAUUAAACAUAACGUCUGUAGACAUCAACAGAGGUCCUGGAAGCAAUAGCAAUUAUAUGAUUUGCUAAAGUCAAUUACUCUGUACAUACCAAUACCCAAAGCUUUAAAUUUUUUUUAUUGUUAUUAUUAUGAAACACUUGCAUGCAAGUUUCUUUUCUUAGAAAGAAAUCUUCACCUGAACGUCACUGGGAUCCACGUCUUCCUUUUACAUGUUGCGAACAAAACGGCCUACACAAAGUCAUCUAUGCAAAAGCCACAGGCCGACUUGUACACAUUUUAACGGAUUUGUUCCAACAAAUUCAAAAACAAACCAAAAAAAUAGCAGCUUCGUCUCAGUAUCAACGCAGGUUUCAUCUUCAUUUUUUUUCCCCAGCCUCAUUUUCCUUUUUCUGUAUAUUUAUUGUUGUAUUUAAACUCACAGUAAAAUAGCUUGCUGGUUGGAUUUUAUGAAAGAGAUGGAAAGAGUUUUUUUUUCACUUUGUCUUCUCGGUGGUCUGCGUCCACUCAGCUGUCGUUUCCCUGUUUACAGAGUCCAGGAUGUUUGAAACCCUCACGUAGCUCUACCUCUUCUUCUCUUUAGGUGCCAGACAUGUUUGGUUUUUUGUUUUUUUAAUGAUUGAAAUGCGUCUAUUGUGCAAUGAUUUCUGAUCAAACACUAAUCUGAUUUAUUCCGUAUCCCCUCAAUUUGGCACUGUAUAAAUGUCAGAUUCAUUUUGCGACAUAUUAUUACUGUUAUUAUUGUUUUGUUUUUUUUAUCAUUGUAAAAAGUGAAAUAGCAGAUAUGUGAAAGGGUAAAUCCACCUGAUUUAAAA